UACUAAAUGCCAUUAGAAUAUAAAAUCGACAUCAAAUGCCAUAGCCUUCAUCAGUUAUAACUUAUAAGUACAAACCCCCUUAACGAGUGAUCUUCUCAAUAUUCACAAUCUCAAGUAACAUGUCUCCCAACGUUCUCAGGUGGUUUAGCCUCGUAGCUCUUCUCUGGCUUCAAUCUAUCAACGGCACCAACUUGAGUUUCCCUGCUUACUCUUCACAGCUCAAAGAGUUUCUCUCAAUCUCUCAGUUUAAACUAAACUACCUCUCCUUCGCCUCCGACGCCGGAAAAGUCCUCGGUUUCAUCUCCGGAAUCGCUGCCAUUCAUAUUCCUCUACCGCUCGUCCUUCUCGCCGGAGGUUCUUUAGGUUUCGCCGGCUACGGUCUCCAGUAUCUAUGCAUCGUCAAAAAGAUGUUCACGUUAUCGUUUUAUCAGAUAUGGGGGCUGAGUUUCUUGGCCGGAAACAGCAUCUGCUGGAUCAACACGGCUUGUUUUAUCGUCGCCAUCAACAGUUUUCCGUUGAACCGUCAAGUCGCCGUAGGGAUCACGGCGAGUUAUCAAGCUUUGAGUGGAAAAAUCUACACCGACAUAGUCCACACGUUCUUCUACUCGUCUCAACGCGAAGCUGCCUCUGGUUACCUUUUGCUCAGCUCUCUAGUUCCUUUGGCUUGUUGUCUCGUGACGGCUCCUAUGUUGAUGAGAGAAGCAAAAGCGAUGUCGUUUUCAUCUAGGGAUGUUAACGUGGGCUUUAUCUUUUUGUUUGUUGUGACUAUAGCCACGGGGAUAUACUCCGUGGCUACGAGUCUUCUCUCGGUUCCAGCGGUUUUAGCACUCGUAGGCAUUGUUUUGUUUCUUCUUGCUCCUCUGGCUAUUCCAAGUGGAGUUAGGUUUGAAGAGCUUAUGUCCUCAACUAGAAGUCAACAAAAGGUAUACAACUUGGAAGCUCCUUUUGAAGAAGAUCAAAAGAAAGAGGAAGAAGUUGACGAGAAGGCAAUAGUUGGAGUUAGAGAAGAGGUCGAGUGGACAAAACUAUGGAAGAGACUCGACUUUUGGAUAUAUUUUGGACUUUAUUUGUUCGGUCCGACGGUGGGGAUAGUGUUUAUGAACAAUCUUGGUCAAAUCUCUGAGUCUCGUGGCUGCGCCGCGACCUCUUCCUUGGUCGCUCUCUCGUCCUCGUUCGGGUUUUUCGGCCGCUUGCUUCCUUCGUUACUCGACUACUUCCUCUCUAGGAACAGAUACAUGCCAUCAAGCCCGGUUUCUAUGGCGGUCUCACUUGUAGCAAUGGUUGCUUCGUUUCUCCUCCUCCUCAUCGACUCUGACAUUGCUCUCUACGUCAGCACGGGGAUGAUCGGCGUCUUUUCCGGAGCAUUGACUUCUCUCUCCGUCACAAUGACUGCAGAGCUUUUUGGGACAAAACAUUUUGGAGUUAACCAUAACAUUGUUGUCGGAAGCAUUCCGAUUGGUUCUUUUGCUUUUGGUUUAUUUGCAGCUAAAGUUUACCGCGAUGGAGCUGCCUUGGACGGACGUUUUGACGGAAAGUGUUUUGGGAUGUAUUGCUUUCAAACCACUUUGAUCUUUUGGGGAAUGCUAUGUUCUGUCGCCACCGUUCUAGCCACCGUUUUAUAUCUACGCAACCGCAAGUUCUACUCGCAGAAGUUGUAGAAGAAGAAACAUAACUAAUUAGGAGAAAACGCAGCGUUUUGUUGGUUUUUCACGCAAGCUUUCACUUAACCAAAGGAAAGUUUUUUUGGUACCAAACGAAAAUAUUAUUGUAUAGUUAUGUAUCUGGUGUUAAACUGGUGGUAUGAGGCCAUGAGGGUAAAAGUAUUGUAUAAUAUAGACGAACAGUAUAAAUAGAUAUACAGAAAAGUUCUUUUUCAAUAAAGAUCCGUUUUUUCUUAUAAGUUGUAUGAUAGUAAAUUCAAUCUUUUUUGUUAGAUUAGUGUAAGAUCAUUAAUAAAUUAAAUGCUGAAUAAUUUAAAACGAGUUUGUUUGAAUAUAAGUGGGAAAUAUGACUUCACGAAAUUUCGGGUGAGUCCCAUUAAUAUACUCAACAAAAUAUUAUGUGGGUGCGUAGCUGAUGUUCUGUUGGUUCGAACGUGGGCCAAGAAUCUUGAUCAUGCAUCUGUUAUUUAAGUGAUUAGUUUCUAGUGUGAACAAAGUUUCUAAUUACGAGACUCCAACAGUUAUUAAUAUAUUCUCAGUACAUCAAAUUAUUUGUAUUAUUCAGUGGUGUCCAUAUAUUUUUAUUAGACGUCAGAAUAAACAUUUUGAGAGAGAGAGAGAGAGAGAGAGAGAGAGAGAGAGAGAGAGAGAGAGAGAGAGAGAGAGAGAGAGAGAGAGAGAGAGAGAGAGAGAGAGAGAGAGAGAGAUGACGGGACGUAUUCGACCACAAGAAGACCUCCUAAACCCAUAAAUGGUCGAGAUCAUCAAGACAUGCAUGUUUUAUGCAGAAUUUAAGGUUUUAACUUCAUACCUAUAUCUUAGUUCAAAGAAAAAAGCUUCAUACGUAUAUCUAAUAGCCUUAAGCAUUUCGCUGUUAUUGAAGUGUAUGACACUUCUUACGGGAAAAUUAUUUUUAAUGUACUAAUAAACCGUACUAGCUCAAAAUUUUGGCAUUUGGGUUGAUGAUUUGUACUAUUAAUCAAUGACAACACUCAUUUUGAAGAAUUUAUCAACUCAUUUAAAAUAAUUUGCUAGAAGAUAAAAACUCCUUGGUUAUCCAAACGUGAUACUUGCAAGUUUUAAUUGGUUUAAGAUUAUAAUAUAAUAGUAAAACCAUAUGUAUCCAUUUAAUUAAUUAUGUACUUGUAUACAUAAGCUACGAUAAAAGUGAGAGAAAUUAAGAGAGAGAUUGAGAGUAAAUUAAAAUAAUACAUAUAUUAAAAUAUAAGAUGUUUAAUUUUCAAAAUAUAUUCAACCAUGUGCAAAUGACUUGGAGAUAGAAAAAGAUAAUAUAUCAUUUUUUCUUUAAGAAAAAAAGAGAGGGAGAAUAUCUCAUGGGUUAAUUGGCUUACUAGCCACAUUUCGGUGAGAACUCAAGGAAAUGGACAUGAUUUUGACAUAAUGCAGUCACUAACUUUUUGCCUUGAUUUCUGCCGGUUAUAGCCUUUUAUGUAAUAGGUUGUCGGUUCUUUCACAUGGAAAAAACAACGUGGUGGUUUUCUGUCCCCUAAUAACAAUGAAACACUUUUGGAAGCACGUGCAUAAACCAUAUUCAAAAUCAAAAAAA